UUGAGGUUAAGUUGUCAACCCUUGUCAUUUGCAUGUGUUUAUGUUUAUCUAAAAUUAAUAAUACUGAGUUUUUUAAAAAUAAAAAUGGGCAAAAGUCGCAAAAAAAAUACCGAUAGAAAGCGUAAAAUAAGUUUAGUUUUUGACGAAGUUAAAAGAAAGGACUUCCUAUGUGGUUUCCGGAAAAGAAAAUUAGAGAGAAAAAAGAAGGCUCAAGAGGAGAUUCAGCGAAUGUUGAAAGAAGAAAAACGGCGAAUAAAGCAAGAGAAUAAGGAGUCUUACAAGAAACUUGUGGUAUCCAGCCGUCCCAUUCCAGACAUAGAACAGUUGCUUCAAGAAGAAUACGAAGAUGAAGAUGUUAAUGUUAAAAUUGUUGAACUCUCUUCAGAUACUUUACAGAAAAAGGAUAUUGUUAUUGGUGAAAACAGACCCAAAGUAACUAUACAGAAAAAACCAGAUAAAAAAAUCGAAAAUGAGUCAAAUGAAAUUCCAGGAAUGAAUACACAUGAAGACAGUAACGCUGAUGAGGCAGAUUCAGAUAUUGAGGAUAAAGAUUUAAAAUCAAAGAAAGAAGUAAAAAAAAUAUUAAAGAAACAGGCUACUAAGAAAUUACAGAAAAGCAAAGUUUACCAAAUGAAGUCAAAAUUAGAUAAAGUUCAGAAUAGGAAAACACAGAAGAAGAAAGUCAAAAAUGAUCAAAGGAAAGAGAAAUCCAAGAAGAAAAAUCAUCGAAAAAAAAAUAAUAAACCACCUGGUCGUAAUAAUUAGGUAUCGAAUCAAAAUGCCCAGAAGAGAUGUGCAAAGAUUUCCUGUAAACAACCAAUCUAACUCUUAUUACUUUAUAUUAUUUUAAACUCUUAUUUAACACAGGUAUAUGAUUCGUUUUUUCUUCUAUUGCACUUCUACCAGUUUCAUUGCUAUUAUUAUGUUUAGUCUUUUUAAGGAAUAUAGAUUAUAAACAAACUUUCAUCUUAA